AUGCCCGAAUUCGACGACGUGCUCCAGCCGGCGCACUACCGGCUGCAGCUCGACUACAACCCCAUGGCCAGCAUCGAGCGGUACACGGUGCUCUUGAAAGACGGCGAGACCACGGCCACCAUCUACCCCGUGCAGCACGCGGACAGCUUGCCGGCCGGGUUGCUCGCGUUCUUGUGCGACGAGUUCAACAUCGAGAUCGAGCGCGGCGACACGUUCCUGUUUUUCGACACGUUGCACAUCGAGUCGUUCCAGAACUACUGGUUCGGCGCGUUUGCCGGCGUGAUGGUGUUGGGCGACCUGCCCGCGCUCGAGGGCCCCAAGCACUGGGAAAAGGAGUGCUUGGGCACGUUCUUCGUCAAGCCCAACUACCCGGGCCGCGCGUCGCACAUCUGCACGGCCGGGUUCCUCGUCAACGCCGGCAUCCGGGGCAAGGGUAUCGGCCGCACGCUCGCAGACUGCUUCCUCCAGUGGGCGCCGCGCCUCGGCUACACGUACUGCGUGUUCAACCUCGUGUUCGAGACCAACGUGGCCGCGCGCAGCAUCUGGGAGCUGCUCGGCUUCAAGCGCAUCGGGCGCAUCAAGUCCGCGGGCAUCUUGAAGGGCCACGACGCCGCGGUGGACGCGCUCAUCUACGGGCGCGAGCUCGUGGCCGUGGCCGACGCCACCUUGGGCGCGUACCGCUUCGACAAAAUCAAGUACUACUUGGAGACCGGCAAGUACCCGCCCAUGGCCGACCGCCAGGAGAAGCUGCGCCUCCGCCUGCUGGCCUCGCACUACCGCCUCCAGUACGGCAAGCUCAUGCUCCGCGACCGCGAGGUGGUCAGCGACCCGGCCCGCCAGCUCCAGAUCUGCUCCGAGCUCCACCUCGCCAGCCACGGCGGCAUCAACAAGACCACGGCCGCGGUGCUGGAGAAGUACCACUGGACGCGCAUCAAGGACACCGUGGCCGCGGCCAUCCGCAACUGCGCCGCGUGCCGCGAG